GAAUCGCCCAUCAGCAGCGGAGCGCUGGGAGGGGAAACGGACACACACACACACGCACGCACCGAGCCUCUACAGAGAGCGAGGCGUCACACUGCAGCUCUCCGUUAGCGUGUUUCACGCCGAGACGACGAGUCGCGCGCUUCUCUGCGAAUUUAACCAAUCGUAAGCGAUGAUGUCGCUGCACAAACCCCCGCUCAGACGCAGUGCGUCAACCUUAGAAUCCACCAAUCGCGGAGGCCCUGCUGUGACUCCGCCCACAUCCCUUAACCUCCGCUCUUCUCACAACCAGCAAUUGGGCCGUGACAUCAUAAAGGAGGGUGUGGUCUCAGUUUCUGCAGAAACACAAGGUUCAGCCCCGCCCCCCAAGGGCCGGCACAAAUAUGCCCUGACCAACCUGCAGAGCGCCAUGGGGCUGGAGGACAGUAGCCCCGCCCCUUUCAGCCAAAGCCGUAAACCUGCUCCUACAAAAUCCGCCUCUUCUUCUUCGCUUUAUUCAUCCUCCUGCGUCUCGCUCUCAUUCUCUUCAUCUAACCCUAAGCUGGCAAAAAACGGCACCAACCUGCAACUAAAAGAGACACAGUUUGACUUUAACAAGAAGGACAAGAACCGUAAUGAUGUCAGUGAAUGGGCAGACUGCUUUGGCAAAGAUAAUGAGAAGGGCGCCCCCUUCAGGCGAAGGACAAAGAGCUUCUUGGAGUACCAUCGCGAAGAGGACGAAGAGUCUUCUAACAGUCCGGGGAAGGAGCCAGAGACUCCGGCUGAGGAGAAGCCACUCCUGCCUAAGCUGGAGCCACAAGCGUGGGUCAAAGAGAACCGAGUGGAGGUCCACCUCACGCUGCCACAGAACCACUUGCUCCUGCUGCCUGGAGAAGAGGAGGACCAGAGCCCCACCCACUCUCACCUGAGCCAGGUGGAGGUGCUUCACCCCAAAAAGGAGCAGCUGAACCGGCCGAAGGAAGCUGCAGGGGAGGAUGUAGGGUCUCCUGCCAGGCCCAGGCUACAGGUGCUGUCUAGUCUGGGCCAGAGAGCAGAGCGGGCAGAGGAGCCUCCCAGACAGGAGAAACAAGCAGAGGAAGAGGUGGAGGAAGAGGAAGACUCGAGCUGGACCACUCUGUCUCAAGAGAGUCCAUCCAUAGAGACACCACAGGAAACAGCAGGUGUAUGGAAUGACUCAGUGCUGCCCCCUGGCUGGAGAGAGGUGGAGGAUGUGUCUGAUGUUUAUUUCUGGCACGUUCCCACCGGGACCACCCAGCGGGAGCGGCCCAUAACCCCCAGCAACCACCACCCACCCGAACUCGAUCAGCAGCCGGACAGGGCAAAGGAGGGCACUUCCCUGUCUGUCCCAUCUUCUAAGACACAGAGUGAGAGGCCUAGUAGCAUCGUGUCAGACAGUUCCGUAGAGCCUGUGCCUUCUUCAGCUGCCUCUUCACCUUCUUCAUCUUCACUCUGCUAUGAAGUGUCUGGACCCCCUAGCAGCUUCUUCAAUAACAACUACCUGGACCAGAAGGGGGCCUCCGUUCGCGCUGAGUCCAGGGAGCGAGAGAGCAGGAGAGUGGAAGAGCAGAGAGAGCGAGAGAGCAGGAGAGUGGAGGAGAGGAGAGAGAGAGAGAGAGGAUGUGAGGGAGCCCGCUGCAUGCCUUACAGCUACAUAAACCUGAGGGCUAAAGUGCCACAUGCUCCUGCUGAUACGGUCAUCCCCAUCGAUGACCUGGACACGCAGGUGUUUCGUGUACGUUCUCUGGGCUGGAUGGAGGUGUAUGAGGCCGAUAUGGUGGCUGGCCGGAGCAGUGCUGUGGUCAGUGACUGCAUCAGACUCCUCCAGCACCCGGACACACCCCCUCACGCACACACACUCCGCCGGAGAGAGCGAGCGAAUGCGGGCGAGAGGGAGGAGGGGAAAGCGAUGCUAUUGGUUCUUCAGGACGUCACGUUGACCCUGAUUGACCCUGUAGACCACACCCUACUACAUUCUCAGCCAGUCAGCAGCAUCCGAGUGUGGGGUGUGGGGAGGGACCACAGCAGGGACUUCGCGUACGUGGCUCGGGAUAAGAACACGCGUGUGCUGAAAUGUCACGUGUUCCAAUGUGACAGUCCUGCAGAAGCUAUUGCUGCCAGCCUGCACCAGAUCUGCUCUAAGAUUAUGGCCGAACGGAAAAACGGCAAAGCGGCAGCGGGCGGCUCCUCUCUCCCCGGCUCUGAUGUCCCACUUCAAGUAGAGUUUCCCACACCAAAGACUGAACUACAACAGAGCUUCCAUGUUCUCUACCUGGGAAUGACUUCAGUGUCUCGCCCCAUAGGGAUGGACAUUAUAAACGGGGCGAUCGACAGUCUGCUCUCGUCCACAGGGAAGGAGGACUGGACGGCAGUGCUGCUCAAUGUGCAGGAUGCUACAGUCAGCGUUAUCAAAGAGAAGGAGGAGGAAGAGGAAGUCCUGGUGGAGUGUCGUGUGCGUUUCCUGUCGUUUAUGGGUGUGGGCCGUGAUGUGCACACCUUCGCCUUCAUUAUGGACACGGGGAACCAGCACUUCCAGUGCCACGUGUUCUGGUGUGAACCCAAUGCAGGAAGUGUUUCAGAGGCAGUGCAAUCUGCCUGUGUGCUCCGGUACCAGAAAUGCCUGGUCGCUCGCUCUCCCUCUCAAAAGGCAGCCUCCUCGUCUCCGCCCCAGUCGGAGUCGGUCACUCGCCGAGUCACCACCAGCGUUAAGCGGGGCGUCCAGUCCAUCAUAGACACUCUGAAAAAGAAGCCGUCCCCCGAGCUGCCCCACCAAUGACAGGGUAGCACGACCGUCACGGUCAGCACAGCCAAGCCGAGACACCGGGAGACCCUGUAAAUAGUUACCAGUACUUCUGUGCAGCCAAGGAGAGAGAACUUACAACAGAUAAACAAAUAAACAAAAUCAAAGAAGGAUGGAAGACGGAGGCCCAGUGGGUGCUGCUUCACCAUUGACCUUUGACCUCUGCCGUCUCAGCACGCUCCCUGAAGCAUGCCUCGGCCACACUCACACAGGCACACACAUAAGCCCAUACUCACAAUCACUGACCUGUUUGACGCGUUUCUCUCGCCCUGCGGACCUGAAGGAUGCCAUAAGCUGCGUGUCAUACUGUUACUGUCACACUGAUGAUGUAGCUCUCUCGUGGAGAUCAUGCUCACAUAAACUCAGCACCACUACUGUGCUGCAGAUCACCUCUCUGUGUCUGUGCAGCUGCAAAUUUGUAAAAACACCAUGCUUUAUUUCUUUUGGGCCAGAAACAUAUCCAUACAAGUACACAAAUACCAGUGCUUUGAGCUACCUGAUUUCACACAUGAUGCAUUCAUAAGGGGGCAUUCACACUGUAACCAUUUGCUAUUGUUUUCAAUUGGACAAGGCAUGCUGGGUGCCUGACAUUGUAUGCGUCUGGCACAGCUUCAGAUGUAUGCCCUGACUUGAAAUAAGUUUAACUCAAAGUGGUAAAGUAUCCUACAUCAUGAGCAUUUUAUUCUGUUCUGAUCAGUAGACCAGCGUCAUGCCCAUAUUAGAAACUCUGGCUCUAAGCUGAAUUUCUCUGUGAUGAAAAUGAAUGAAAUUUUCAAAAAUCAUUGCUAUAACCAAACUUCAAACUUUCCUAUCUACAUUUUUCCAAUAAAUGUCACUGUAUCCUCCUAGAUCCUCGAAUUAUGAGGUCGCUAAGGAGUGAAUUUUGCCACUUGUGAGCGAACUAUGCUGAAUUGACAUUGAAGCAAGUACACAAAACCCCCCCAACAAACAAGCAAGCAUUGUAAAAUGUGGUAAUUAGAGAGCUCAAAUAUGUGCUUUUGCCUCCUCUUGAAUGGCUGUGGUUGUACAGACUGAUAUUUGUAUCAAAUGUGUUACUAUAGCACAGUUUUCUCAUUGUAAACACUUUCUCAGUACAUCUAGGGGUGCUAUAUAGCACCUAUCACAGGCAGGAUACUAAAAUGGGCUAAUGGCAGGGUGCACCAGGCUCAGCCAAACCAGCAUCAGCUAGCUCACGUUACGGGCAGUAUGAGCACAUGAGCUGAGUACGGCAAGACAAGGGGCGAAAUACAGGGUGUCCUGGGGUAUCCAGGACCCUCAAAUUAACCUAUUGGACCCCGUGAAUGUCUCAAUCAAAAUUAUGGGGCCUCCCUGUCCCAGUAAAAUAAAUGCAAAUUCAGGGAAAUAUCAUUGUUUGGCCUAAUUCACUUACAAAAUUGUGACUAACUAGUGAUGAAGCACCGGUCUGCCUCAAGGUGGCCAAACUGGUUCACUCAGUUGGCCCUUCGUAGUCUAGCAACUGUAACUAUGACGCAGAUAACUCAUUGUAAGGUCUCAAUUAAUGUGUGGAAGCACAUUAUCAAACUAGAAAGGAGCAUUUCUAAAAGAAGACUUUUAUGUUAAACCAAACAUUUUGCUGUCAUUAAAGCUUAACACUGGUGCCACUAUGGUGAGUGAGUUAGCAGCCAGCCCACACUGGAGUAGCCAGCCAACAUGGGAAUACCAGGGGGUAUUCCGCACACUGAGGAGAGAGAACUUGUUGCUUCUCCCUUCAUUGCCUCAGCCCUCAUAAGCUAUGGCAACACCAGCAAGGCCCAACGUGAGUUGUGGCCUGGAAGACGCACCACUACACCUUAGCACUAGAAGCUGGCAUUUGCUUAACAAGAAGGCCUAAACAGCUUUACACACAACCACGAGGCUCAUUCCAACUCAUUGAAUCCUCACUGAUGAAGUUUAAGGGAUAAAACAAAGAACAAAAUAAUAUGAGCAUGAUGCUGACUAUACAUCUGUAUGGUUUCAUAUAUCAAAAUUAGCAUAAACAGAAGACAGCUGUUUUGAGACAAAAGGUUUUGGCCUAAAACAUUAUUUUUUUAAUGUAAAUGUGAGGUAUGCAAGGGAUUGCAAGGAAAAUUGUAUCCCAUAUUUUAUUUUCUUCAGAUUUUCUAGUGUUGCAUUUCUCAGUCUUACAUAUAAAACUCAGAUGCUUCACUGGUCAUUUUGGAAAGCAAAUUAAAUGACUAUAUUUGAGUUGUAAACAUCAUGAAUCCUGGCUUCAAUGACCAUAGACAGAAAGCAGCUAUUGUCUUUUCUAGCAGCACAAUGCUGGCUAGUCAAUAGCAAAUCUCUUGCUAAUAGAGAUUUCUGCCUGGACAUAUCAAAAUGAAGGCCAGCUAGUGCAGCUGAUUGACAGUAGACAGUGAAAUUUUUCUGCCUUCCGAAGAAAUGCAAUGAUAAUCCCCCCAAUACAACUCACAGCGGGUGCUAUAGCCCAUAAUCCAUGAAAAGAUUGGUCAAGAAAGGCUAAAAACUCACCGUCUCUCCUCUGAGCAACUGAGCUGCUUCAACGCCUUGCUUUUAGAGCAGCGCACUCCUUAAGUGUCUACAUAUUUAAUAUUGCUGCUAUUCUUGGAAUAACAACAGAUGUGGUCUGUUGAGUGAGGACUGAGAUACUGUAUAUAACAAAUGGGACCAUGAUCCAAUAAACUAAAUGGCAUUUGCAGUUGAGUUUGUGUACUUGCAUCAGGUAUGUUUCUGGCCUUAUUUUGGCAUCAUGCCACCGUUUGACACACCAAGAGACUUGUUGGACAGUCAGCAACUAACAGCUGGGAACGCUUUAUGACCAAACUGACCAAUGUAAGGUGUUAUACACAUGCUAGAACUAGAAUAUCUAGUGUUCAUGUCUAAUGAAUGCUAAAAUACUAGACACUGGUUCAUAAUCUCUCUGACAUCUCAGAAAGCAAAAAGCACCUUGACAAAUGUCCAUCAGGCCUACAUGAAGCUACUGUAGGCGUCCAAGCUUGAAUUGAGGGUUAUUAUAUAAAGGGGAAUUCCACUGGUUUGAUGUAAAAUGGGCCAUUCUAGAGUCAGAAUUGUACAGAAUUUGACAGGAACCAGACAUCUGAAUUGUUUAAUGCCUCUAAAAGCUGCCUCAUAGCUAUUACCCUAAAUUGUUAUAAUGCACUGGCUGGUGCAUGAGAAGAUAGUUUUGACAUAAGGUUAUGGUCUAAAAUGUCAUUUUUUAAAUACAAAGAGGUGAAGAGGUACAUACAGUAAGCCAAAUUCUAUUUUUUUUAUGUCAGCCUUACAUAUAAAACACAUGUAGGUUCACUGGUCAUUGUGGAAAGCAAAUAAAAUGACUAUAUUUAAGUUAUGGACAUCUUCUGUCUGGAAUCACCACCAUUGUAAAGAAAUAUGAGUUAAUAUGCUCCAUUUCACAUCAAAUCCCUUUGAAUCACUUUGUUUACAUCUAAACUACAUAAACAUCUGUGGAAUUCCCCUUUAAAGCCCCGAUGUGGAAUCAACAAAGCAGCACAACUGCUGAGAGCUUGGAAACGGGUGUUUUAGCGAUCGUUGUUGCCUGCGAUGCUGCAGCACUAAAAACCAGCCUGCCUGCAGUGAUUCCUGAUGGGAGUUUUUUAGCUACAGAGAACUUCACCAUGACAGAGGUGGGAUUUGUUACUGCGGCAAACCACAAGUUGCAUAAGGGACUGUAAACCAGUCAAAAGUGUGCUGAUCUAGAAUAAGCUUGCCUUUUCCAUCGUAUAGAUUAUAGAGGCAGGAGGAGCUGUGUCUAUGUCAUCUUUGUUAAUCUAAUGAAAGGGUUCUAGAAGUCCAGAACUACCAGAUUCAGUAAAGCUUUCCAGAAGAAAAAAAUAAAGGAAUUCAAGAAAAACAGAGAUAUUGAAAACAAUGCAGUCCUGAAAACGAGAGUUUCUUAAAUAUUAUCUGAAGAAAAAUCUUGAUUGUAGGCUAUUCGAUUUUUUAUGAAGUAGUCCAUCAAUUACAACACCUGCUCUUAAUAUUGCCCAUUAACGCUCCGCUAACAAUUCUUUCAUAGCAAGUGUUGCUUCGCAUUGUCGCCACCCAACUGUUUCCCCCCUACUGACUGAAUUCCCAUUCAUUGGAGUGCACAACACUGUCAAAAUACAGACAUUUUGAAUUAUUUUGUAUGUUUGUGAAAUGUUAAAUUGUUGGGAUUGAAAGGGUGAAGUUUUUAGUAAGUACUUGUACUUGUAAGUAAGGUUUUUAAAGAUGCAAAGUUCAGUUUUAAUGUUGCUAGCAAGCUAAAUUAAUGCUGUAAGCUACACUACUAGCUACUGUAGCAUGGCUAAAGCUACUCUAGGUUUGCUAGCAACCUUACCUGCCAUAUAUACACCAACAUUACUUCAAAAACAGAAACUGCACCAAUAUGUUGCCUCUAUGUCAACAAACUGAAGCUACAAUAAUUCUAAUAAUAUCUUAUAUUCAAUUGAUAUCUUCAUAUGUGGAGUUCACAGGACUGAUAGCAUGAAACUGUGAUUAAAACUAGCUUUUUAUGUAGGUAGCUAGCAAGCUAGCUAGCUAUAGAUACAAAUCUCUGGAACCUCAGGUGGAGGAGCCCUACAUCCUUCAUGAGAACCAACAAUGUGGGAACAGUAUAGUUUAAUGUAGGUGUACUUAUGAAUAGGAUUGUAGUAAGCACUUUUAAGCAUCGUAGCAAUGCUUAAAUGUUUCAAUUUGGCCCACGUGCUCCUUCAAGAGACUAUGAUUCUAGCCCCUUAUCUGGAAUAUGUUUAUUUUGCAACAAGUAUUAUAAACAGUGGAGGAUCCAAGUUAAUCGUUACAGCUCUUCUAAAACAUAUGAAUGGAGGCCCCAGGCUGUAGCUGCAGCUGGUGCUAUCACACAAACACACACAUGCACUUUCAGAAGCUAUAGUGUACUAUUGCUCGUCAUAAUCAUGCUAUGAACAACACGACAGAGACUCACAAACAGCCAGAUGGACUGACUGAGUGGCACACACACACACACACACACACACACACACACACACACACACACACACACACACACACUCACUUUCAGUGUUUAACUGAGGGUGAACAGCACUCACAGACCCAGGGGGGAAUGCGGGUGAACAUGUAAGCUGCAGACAUAAAAAAGGAAUGUGAUUAUUUUUUUUUUUAAUCCAUGUAAACCAAGCUUAACUCACCUGUGUAAGUCACAGAGAAGAAGAGACGUGACAUCUGUCCUUCACAAAUUUUUACACCAUAUUAAUAUCAUGAUGUCCCUGUGGAAAUAAACGCAUUUCAAAACA